CAAACAUCAACAGUAACGUCAGUACCAUGACAACAGCAGUUCGAGUGAUAUGGGACGCUGAGAUGUCUUGAGCGGGCCUGAUUUAUCGCACAUUUCUGGGAAAUAUCUUACUGCUCAUAUUAAAGGAUGUCUCUUUUCAAGGCACGUGAUUGGUGGGUCUCAGUGGUGGGUGAGGGGGAGGAGUUUGAUCAGGGUUGUCUGUGUGUUGGAGAUGUGGAUAACAGUGGCAGUGGAUAUGAUAAGGUUGUUGUGGGAAGUUACAUGGGGAUGUUACGCAUCUUCUCACCCCAUCCUGCUAAAAUGGAUAACCCCACAGAUGUUAACAGCCAGCUACUUGAGAUGCAGCUACCUGAUUCAAUCAUCCAGGUGGAGAUGGGGAAAUUUGUAUCUUGUUCAGAGUUGCUACAUCUGGCAGUUCUUCAUCCCAGGAAGCUUUCCGUAUAUGCUGUUUCAGGCACUGCUGGCAACAUUGAACAUGGUGACCAGUAUCAGCUGCGUUUAGUUUAUGAACACAAUCUUCAGAGAACAGCCUGCAACAUGACAUACGGCCCCUUUGGGGGUGUCACAGGUCAUCACUUCAUCUGUAUCCAGUCGAUGGACGGCAUGCUGAUGUUUUUUGAGCAGGAGUGUUAUGCUUUUGGACGCUUUCUGCCAGACUUCCUUUUGCCUGGUCCUUUGUGCUACUGCAGUCGCACAGACUCCUUCAUCACUGUGUCUUCCAUACGACAAGUGGAGUGCUACAGGUAUGAGACACUGGCUGUAACCACAGACACCGACACUAGACAAGAUUGUAAUCAGAGUAGCAAAACUUCAGGAAAGAGACUGACGGCUGACUGGACGCUGGUGUUAGGAGAAGAGGCUCUAGAUAUCUGUGUUCCAAGUACAUCUGGAGUGUUGUCUUCUGUCUUUGUUCUUGGAGAACGAAAUCUUUUUUGUCUCAAGGAUAACGGUCAGAUACGCUUCAUGAAGAAACUUGAGUUCAACCCCAGCUGUUUCCUUCCCUACAGAACAGUUUCUGAGUGUUCCACCAACAUUUUAAUGGGUAACCAUAACAACAUGCUUCUGGUGUACCAUAAUGUGACGCUAAAGUGGGCAGCUCAGCUACCCUGUGUCCCUGUGGCCAUACGUGUUGUUAACUUCCAGGAACUGAAGGGUUUGGUGGUCACUCUGAGCUCUGAUGGGCAUCUUCAGUGCUCAUACAUGGGCACUGACCCCUCCUUCUUUAUUGCACCCAAAGUGGACUCCAGAGAGGUCAACUAUAAUGAAGUUGAUAAUGAGAUGAAGAUGCUACAAAAAGUCAUACGUGAGGCCACCAAAACCCAAGACAUCCUCCCAAGAGCAGAGACAGAGGAAGAGCUUACUCUGGCUGCCACAGUCUCCCCUAACCUGGAUGAAGUUUCGUGCGCUGUUAUACCUGAGAUGAAUGGCAUGCCCAUCCCCUCGGUCACAGUGAAGGUGAAAGUGAAGAGUAGCGCAGCAGUGCAGAGCCCCAAAAUGACUGUGUGUGUUCAGCCUCCCCUUGCAGUCACACAGGAUCAGUUUGUGUUCAAUUCAAUUGGCAGUGGCUGCGAAUUAGUGGUGAAGUUCUCAGCAUUUCUAAAUGGUCCCUAUCCUCCAUCUGAUCUGUGUCUAGAUGUCGCUGUGUCCUACAGCUCAGCUACAGGAGUCCCACGAGUGUCUCAGUGUAAAUUGACCUUGCCUCUCCGGUUAGUGAGCUACCCCUCUUCACCUAGCAAAAACGCGAAGUACAAGAUCACUCUGGACACCAACAAACCUCCCGUCAACCUUAAUGAAGUCUUCCCAGAUUUCUCAGAGACUACAGACAGCAAUGCUUUGGCCUUCCAGCUCAUCACUGGCUCCAAGGUCACUGUCCUCACCUCCAAAAUGUCCCAGCGCUAUAGGAUCCAAAGUGAGAGCUUUGAGGAUAUCUGGUUGGUUGCCAAGGAGCUGGUGCAGCGUUUUGACCAGCACUUUUCCUCACUUGGAGUCAAAGACUAUCAAAACAGCUUCACUGGACCAGUACCGCUUUCUGACUACUUUGAGAUGGUGGACCACCACUUCAAGCUCCGUUUGAAUGCACAGAAGUAUCAGGAUCUGCUGUCAGAAAGAGCAGUCCAGUUCAGGGCCAUCCAGCGCCGUCUGCUUACCCGAUUUAAAAAUAAAACCCCGGCCCCACUUCAAAAUCUGGACACACUUAUGGAAGGAACGUAUCGUCAAGUUAUAGCAUUAGCAGAUGCAGCAGAAGAGAACCAGGAAUGUCUGAUCCAGGCAUUUGCACGCUUGCGGAGUGCCACUCACCUGCUGAUCCUGCUGUUGUCGCUGUGGCAAGGACUCAGCUCAGAACAGACUGCCAUCUUGGAGGCCACACUUCUACCACUGCUGCAGGACACACCACAACUGGGUUGGGAAGAGAGUGUGGAUGCAGCUGUCUCUCACCUCUUAAAAACAUGUUUAUCACGCAGCCCCAAAGAUCAGGCCAUCAGUCUCAGCACUGGCUCACUGACCAUCCCUAAAGACACGUCACCCCUGAAAAAACACAUUACUCAGCUUUGUGAUCGCUUAGGCAAGGGUGGUCGUCUUACUCUCUCCUCAGAUGCCAGUGUCCAUACAACUGUCGUAAUGCAAGCUGGAUGUGAUUCUAUCCCUGAGCCAACAGUGGUGCAGGAUGAGGAACCAGCCCUGCAGCAGGAUUCAGCCAAGUAUGUUAAAAAAAAACAGGAAUCCAGAAGAGUCAAGAGAAAGUCAGAUUCGGCUAAAGAAACUUUCAAAGAGGAGAUAAAGGAAUCAGGAAGAGACUCCACAAAAGAGAGGGACAAAGAGGAGUCAAAGGUGUCAUCCAAAGGAAAAGAGGCUGCAAGAGAGGUUAAAAAAGAGUCAUUAAAAGAGUCAAAAGGUUACAAGAAAGACUCUACAAUGGAAAAGGAGCACGCAAUAUGACAAGGAGGCACCAAAAGAAAAGGAUUCUGCGAUAAAGACUAAGGUCUCCAGGUAGCCUUCAGUAAAGCUCAAAGAGAAGUCAGAAGCAGGAAACAGCUGAACACAGCUGCUGCUUAAAUAAAACAUAUUCUUAAAUCAUAUUCUUGCCUCAUUAUUAGGUAGUGUGUCUUUGUAGAAGCUAACUAUUCAUCUUUUGUUUUUGCUGUUAUGCUAGAGUUGAUUGCACUGUGGCAAGAAAACCAUUUAAAAAGUUUAUGCUUUGCAUUUUCUUUUGAGAGGAACUGCCUGUUUGUGAAGGGUUUAUAUUUAAAGUCAGCUGUCUACCACAGUAGACUGUGUCUGUCAUCUCCUACUAUUCAGUAAGUAACCCACAGAGCACCAUGUGACGGUUCACUGGCGCCAAGCCCCAGUGAGACAUCAAGAAAUAACCUCACUUUUGCUAGCAGAAUCUUACUAUAGGAUAUUUAGUAAUACAAAAAGAGUUUUUUUAAGAAUAAAUAAACAAACAAACAAAAUCAAUGGCUCUCUUUCAUCAUUAAUCAAUUUUGUUUGUCCAACCUAAUUUGCUAUACUUUAGGUGAAUGUCAUUUAUAAUGCUUGUUCUUAAUAGGUUGUUUGUUUAAAAUUAUUAAAUGACAUUUUUAUACAAAUUUAUUCAACCAGAAUGUGUUUUUGGUCGCUGCAGUCAUGGUGGCAUUUGGGUUUCUACUCAUGACUCCUAUAUAGCCCUAUAUAACCUUAGAUUUUCACAGGCUGGUUUCCCAGAUAUGCAAGUCUAGUCCAAAAAGACUAAAAUGCAUAUUUGAUAUAUUGUUACUGAAAACAGCUUGGACUGACACAUACUGUAUCUAAAAAUAUAUAAAUGCCAUUGCUUUGUCUCAAGAUGCACACCAGUAAUGUUUAAAAAAAAUAGCAAAGUACUAAAAAAGUUAAUAAAGGGAAAAAUGUUUUAAAUGAGUUUAUUUCCUUAUUUUUACGUGUAUUGAAAAAAAUACACAUUCAAUUUCCAAAUCAAAGGCUUAAAGAGCACCUAUUAUGCUAAUAAUUAGCACGUUAGCACGUUAUUGUAAUAUCCCAUAGUACAUUCAUGUUGUUAAAAGUUGAACUAAUGCAGUAUGAGUCUUAUAAAUUGCUUACAUACCUCACAGAUUUUUUCCCUGUCUGGGAAAACGCUCGGAUUUAGUUCCUGUCUCCGC